CAUAUCCCAUCAAAUUCAUCUAAAAUGUUCUAUUUUCUUCACACCACAAUUUGCUCUGAUCAACUCAUAUGAAAUCUUAGCCUCCUCCACGAUGAGCACCAGGCCCUGAGUAGGAACCGUCGCACAAACAGUUCCAACUCCGCCGGCGCCAUCACCAAUACAACCGCUGCGGUCAUCUAAUUUAUUUAAAAUGGUUGUUCCUAGCCGCGUUCUUGAGAUCAAUGUAACUUCCGCCCAUGACUUGGCCCUCGUUUCUAAAAACAUGAAAACUUAUGUGACUGCAUGGGUUGAUAGCGAUCGAAAACUCACCACACGGAUCGAUCAAACGGGCCUUAACAACCCCUUUUGGGACGAGAAAUUUAUGUUUCGUGUCGAUGACACGUUCCUCACAGAUGAAAAUUCUGCCAUUAUGAUCGAAAUUUACGCCGUGGCGUGGUUGAAAGACGUCGUCGUCGGCUCCGUUCGUGUUCUCAUCAGCCACCUCUUCGGUUCCCUCUCCAACAACUCUUCCGCCUUUGUGGCGUUGCAGGUUCGCCGCCCCUCCGGUCGCCCCCAAGGGAUCCUCAACAUGGGCAUCACCCUCUUGGAUAACACAAGGCGGAGCCUGCCGCUGUCGGCCGAAAUGUGCAGCGAUAUUUCAUCGAUGAGAGAUCCGAAUGACGAGAGAACGAAUCUCAUCAUCAAAGCCACCAAGAACGGUAACGGGAAACUACACCGUUCAAUGAGCGACAGGACGGAUUUGACCAGCGAGGAUUGGGCGAAAAAUCGUGGCGCUAACGUUGGCUCAAUGUGCAAUGGUUCGAUGGUAAAUGGAAAUAAUAAUUAUAAUUAUGGCAGCAUUGUAAACGGGUCGUUGGUUUCCACGGACGUGGGGCCUUCAGCGUCCGUGGUGGCGGCGGCGAUAGCGAAGGGGUUGUACAAGACACCGACGCCGGCGAAGAAUAAAGCGGGAGAGGUUGUAUUGCUGACUGAUGAUUUGACGAGGGAGGAGGACCAUAAAGAAAACCUGAAAAUGACGGUUGCUAGAUGGCGGCAUGAACUUCCACCAAUAUAUGAUAAUUCAAAGUUGAGGGCUAAUAGUAAGCGCGGUGGCCGUGCAAGUCGGAGGACGGACGGAGGAGGGUUGUUUUCGUGUUUUGGUAAUGCAUUUGGGUGUGAGGUGUCGAUUUCUUGUGGUGGCGGAGGGGCACAUUGGUAAGAUGUGUCACCUUAGCACGGUUGAUGAUAGUGCUACUUUUCGUCGGUGAAGGCAUUGAUGGAAUUAAUAUAAAUUUUUUAUUUUUUCAUACAACAUGAUGGAAUUUAAUUUUUAUAUUAUUUCAUCAUAUUUGUGCAAUUUCUGCUCCGCAAUAUGCACCUUAAAAAAAAGGUUCUGUUUUUAUCUAAUAAUCGAUGCCCCAUGGAAGGCCAAGUAUUAAAACA